AUGGAUUCUGAAGACUUCCAAGAUAGAGUAGCCCUGGACCGACUUAGAAGAACGAAAAUCUCCAGCAGUGCAGAUCUUGUGGAACUGGCAGUAGCCGUUCAGAACGCCUGUGAUGCAAUGAACGCCACCACCAAUACUAAGCUACGAGAGGUUGUGGAACAGAUGCUUGUUCUCAAGGAAAGAGCCAUAAAAAUACUGCAAGACGCUAAAUUGAACACUGAGCUACACAGCGCUGCCUGCAACUUAGUAAAGAAACCCGGAAAGCUCUACUACUUUUAUGAGAAGCCGCGUACUGGCGAGAAAAUCCUCUCACUAAUUUCUCCAGAGGAAUGGGGCGGCCGCUGUCCUUACUCAUUUUUUGGAGCUUAUCGUCUGCAAGCCGAUCAAACCUGGACCGCUCCGGAAAACAGCAAACGCGAGCAAGAGGUGGACACCAUCGUAGCUCGCCUGCGUUCUUCAGAUAAUGCUCAGUUGCUAAACAUGCUAGCUGCCGAUUAA